AUGAGGAUUUUUUGUAACCAGCUUUUAUUGUUAUUUUCUUGCAUUCGGGGGCUGACUAUGGGUGCUUUUCCGAGCAGUGUUCAAAUUGGCGGGCUGUUCAUCAGAAACACAGAUCAGGAAUAUACUGCGUUUCGUUUGGCAAUAUUUCUACACAACACGAGCCCAAACGCAUCAGAGGCGCCAUUUAACCUGGUGCCCCAUGUGGACAACAUAGAAACAGCUAAUAGCUUUGCUGUGACCAAUGCCUUCUGCUCGCAGUAUUCCAGGGGUGUGUUUGCAAUCUUCGGCCUCUAUGACAAGCACUCAGUGCACACGCUGACGUCGUUCUGUGGAGCUCUGCACAUCUCCCUCAUUACUCCCAGUUUUCCCAGUGAGGGUGAGACCCAGUUUGUCUUGCAGUUGCGGCCGUCCAUCCGCGGAGCUCUUCUGAGCCUACUCGACCACUAUGACUGGAACCGCUUUGUUUUCCUCUACGAUACUGACCGGGGAUAUGCCAUUCUACAGGCCAUCAUGGAAAAGGCAGGACAAAAUGGAUGGCAGGUCAGUGCAAUCUGUGUGGAGAACUUUAAUGAUGCAAGUUACCGGCAACUCUUAGACGACCUGGACCGUCGCCAGGAAAAGACUUUUGUGAUCGACUUGGAGCCGGAGAGGCUAACCAAUAUGUUGGAGCAGAUAGUGAGUGUCGGCAAACACGUGAAGGGAUACCAUUACAUUAUGGCAAACCUGGGUUUUAAGGACAUUAAUCUAGAGCGGUUCAUGCAUGGUGGGGCUAAUGUUACUGGCUUUCAGUUGGUGGACUUCAGCAACCCCAUGGUUAUCAAACUCAUGCAACGCUGGAACAAGCUGGAUCAGCGAGAGUACCCCGGUUCUGACACUCCCCCUAAGUACACUUCUGCGCUGACCUAUGACGGUGUGAUGGUAAUGGCCGAGGCAUUCCGGAACCUCCGUCGACAGAAGGUGGACAUCUCUCGCAGGGGCAAUGCAGGGGACUGCUUGGCUAAUCCUGCAGCACCAUGGAAUCAAGGCAUUGACAUGGAGCGUGCCCUUAAACAGGUACGACUACAAGGAUUAACGGGAAAUGUUCAGUUCGACCACUAUGGGCGUAGAGUGAACUACACCAUGGAUGUGUUUGAGCUGAAGAACAAUGGCCCCAGAAGGAUUGGCUAUUGGAAUGAUGUUGAUAAGCUGGUUCUGAUUCAAGAUCAAACCUUGCUUCCAAAUGAGACAUCGGGUAUGGAGAACAGAACUGUCAUCGUUACGACUAUAAUGGAGGGUCCGUAUGUGAUGCUGAAGAAGAACUGGGAGAUGUACGAGGGGAAUGACCAGUAUGAAGGAUACUGUGUGGAUCUGGCCUCAGAGAUUGCCAAACACAUCGGAAUCAAAUACAAAAUCUCCAUUGUUCCCGAUGGGAAAUACGGAGCUAGGGACCCAGAGACCAAGAUUUGGAACGGCAUGGUUGGGGAGCUGGUGUACGGGAAAGCGGAAAUUGCGGUGGCCCCGUUAACUAUUACGCUGGUCCGGGAGGAGGUGAUUGAUUUCUCAAAGCCUUUUAUGAGCUUGGGCAUCUCCAUCAUGAUUAAGAAGCCUCAAAAGUCCAAGCCGGGCGUGUUCUCAUUCCUGGACCCGCUGGCCUACGAGAUCUGGAUGUGCAUCGUGUUCGCCUAUAUCGGCGUUAGCGUGGUGCUCUUCCUGGUCAGCCGCUUCAGCCCGUACGAGUGGCACACCGAGGAGCCCGAGGAGGGCACCGACGGUCCGCCAAGCGACCAGCCCCCCAAUGAGUUUGGUAUCUUCAACAGUCUCUGGUUCUCCCUAGGAGCCUUCAUGCAGCAGGGAUGUGACAUCUCCCCCAGAUCUCUCUCUGGGCGCAUUGUAGGGGGAGUAUGGUGGUUCUUCACCCUCAUCAUCAUCUCCUCCUACACAGCCAAUCUGGCAGCUUUUCUCACUGUGGAGAGGAUGGUUUCACCUAUCGAGAGUGCGGAGGACCUCGCCAAGCAGACAGACAUCGCCUACGGCACGUUGGACUCCGGCUCCACCAAAGAAUUUUUUAGGAGGUCAAAGAUCGCGGUGUACGAGAAAAUGUGGAGCUACAUGAAGUCUGCUGAGCCCACCGUAUUCACCAAGACAACAGCAGAGGGGGUUGCACGCGUACGCAAGUCCAAAGGGAAGUACGCCUUCCUGCUGGAGUCUACCAUGAAUGAGUACACAGAACAACGGAAACCUUGUGAUACCAUGAAAGUUGGAGGCAACCUGGACUCCAAAGGCUACGGGGUGGCCACGCCCAAAGGCUCACAGUUAAGAAGUGCAGUUAACCUGGCAGUUUUAAAACUGAAUGAACAAGGCCUGUUGGACAAAUUGAAAAACAAGUGGUGGUACGACAAAGGAGAGUGUGGCAGCGGUGGAGGUGGUGAGAAGGACAAGAGUUCCCAGGCCCUCAGCCUUAGUAACGUGGCUGGGGUCUUUUACAUCCUGGUGGGUGGUCUUGGUUUGGCAAUGCUGGUCGCCCUCAUCGAGUUCUGUUACAAGUCCCGGAAUGAAGCCAAGAGAAUGAAGCUCACCUUUACAGAGGCCAUGAGGAACAAGGCCCGUCUGUCAAUCACAGGCAGUGUGGGUGAGAAUGGGCGGGUCCUGACCCCGGACUGCCCCAAGGCUGUGCAUACUGGACCCAGCCUCAGACAGAGCUCUGGACUGGCUCUGGUGUCCUCCGAUAUACCAUGA